CGGCAUCUCGUGCUCGAGCUCGCACAGCGUUUCGUUCUAGCGUAAUAAAACUGGUCUUGACAGCCCACACUCGUUCAACAUGCCAGAAUUGACUGAAAUCACGGAAAGUGCUGCCGCUGCCACCAGUGCAACCGGCACGUCAGAAGCCAAGUUGGAGGAUGCCCUCAGCGACACAGAGACCGAGGACUCUAUCCCGGAGCUGGAGGAUGCAGGUGCUGGUGCAUCAACACAACUGUCCGCUGGCGGUGAAAUCCCGGAUAUCUCGAAGGCAAAGCAAUCGCGCGGUGAGAAGAAGGCGCGCAAAAUUAUGUCCAAGCUGGGCCUGAAACCGGUGCAGGGCGUGAACCGGGUGACGAUCCGCAAAUCAAAGAACAUCCUGUUCGUGAUAAACAACCCGGACGUGUACAAGAACCCGCACAGCGACACCUACAUCAUCUUCGGCGAGGCCAAGAUCGAGGAUCUCACCCAACAGGCGCAGGUGGCGGCGGCCGAGAAGUUCAAGGCACCGGAAGCGACACCGGCCGCCGGUGAAGCGUCCAGCUCGACGAACGUUGUCACCCCGAUCGCCGAAGAGGACGAGGAGGAGGUGGACGAAACCGGCAUCGACGACAAGGACAUCGAUCUGGUGAUGACGCAGGCCAACGUGAAACGUGCCAGGGCCAUCCGGGCGCUCAAGAACAAUGAUAAUGACAUCGUGAACGCGAUCAUGGAGCUAACCAUGUAAGGAGGAGAGGGGGUGUGUGCGGAUCCGGAUCGCUCGAAACCCGCGCCUUUCCCGCCUCCCUUCUGCCGCCACAGCAUCAAACAAAAAACAAUCUGCUUGUCUGACCCUUUGCUGCUAGUGUGUCACAGGACGUGCGUGUCCUUGCAAGGGAUGUGCGCGCGUGUAGUCGUUCCUUGCUCGCCCUUUUUCAGUCGUCCUUUUUUUUUCUCUCCGCAUGAACGACGAAUGAAUUGUGCAAAUAGAAUAAGCCCCCUUUCGCUGGUGUGCGCGCACGCUUGUUUGGGCGUUUUUUGGAGUUGCGCCCUCAGGCGUGUGCAUGUGUGUGUGUGCUGGGCGAGUCCGCGGUCUUAUAGAGGGCGGGUGCGUUCACGUUUCGCUGCACCUUUAACAAGUUUAACAUUACAAAGAAAAACCACAUUUAAACCGAAAAGAGCUAAGUUUAUAUCUUAAACGGUAAUAAAACCAACCAACCAUCAAAAGACCGGCGAGCAUUUGUUUCUUUCUUACGUUUAGUUUAGGUUGCUGAGGUCUGGAUGAGCAUUAUUUUCGCUUUUUUCGGCCAUCCCAGGAUAUGGGAGCUCGAAUAUUAGAUUUUAUGCAACCGAAACAGCGACAGCAUUAAGUAAUUUAUUUCUUUUCAUUGAAAUUUGAUUGGAACAGCAAACACAACGUGCCGUUAGCGAUUGGGGAAUAGUUGUGCUGCGUAAUUCAGCCGAUUGAAUGGGUUCUAGACAAUAACAAUA